AUGGUACAGGAGGCCACGUUUAAUCUAACUCUGCGGGACAGCUCGCCUCUCUGGCGAUGGAGCAAUAUUUCGAAUGUGUCGUCGGCUGGUUGGACGGUGCUCUGUGCGAAGCAGACAAUAUCGCCACGGUGCGAUGAACACGAAGCCCACUUUACGACUGCAGAAGGUGUGGGAGUCCAACUGACAUUUACAGGAACUGCCAUUGCCGUCUACGCCAACACCACAGGGGGGAUGGAAUGGGCCGCAACGCUUGACGGGACUACUCAUUUCUCAAACGAGACCUUUGUAUACAGCCAGUUGCUUACAUCCUUCAGCGGACUAGCCCCUACAUCCACGCAUAAUCUUACUAUUCGGAUAACUUCAGCUCCGUCAGGUUCAUCCAUGACCUUUGAUCGGGCUGAAAUCACCGUUAGCACUGGAUCGCUCGGGUUGGGCACUACAAGCACGUACAUAGAUGACUUGGACUCAUCACUUGCUUGGAAAGGCUUUGGCACUUAUCCCGAGUACACCGAUACUGUCGUGCCUGCCACGAUCAAAAAUACAACAUUCCAUGCAUCGAAUGUGCUAGGAGAGACUGUCAGCACCACUUUUACCAAUGUAUCGAGUGCAGUAAUCGUUUACGGGCCUUGUUAUUUGCAAUGUGGGCCGUAUAAUGUCUCCUUUGAUAAUGAUCCCGUUGUUUCAUAUAAUGGAUCUUUUCCGACAAUCACCGGAAUAAUUGCGGAACAAUGCGUGCGCUACUAUCACACAAUGCUUGAUCCGGCACAACAGCACGGUCUUACGAUCACAGCUGGUGCGAAUGGUCGCUGGACUACCUUGGAUUGGAUAGAGUUUGUUCAUGCGUCAAAUUUUACUACGUCUAAUCCCACAACGUCGAGUAUCACUUCGAAACCGACAUCGACUCCAUCAGGCGGCGGUGGCUCGCAUGGUUCUUCCAACGUCGGUGCAAUAGCUGGUGGAGUUAUAGGCGGGCUCACUGCCAUCAUUGUUGUGGCAUUUCUCUUAUUCCUCCUAUGUCGUCGCCGGGCAGCCAGGAGCCCUCUUGACCCCAAGCACAUUGGGCUAUCUCGCUCCGGGCAACGUUCCAACGGGCCAGACCCUUCAGAAGGAGAGACAACCAAUGGCUCUGCUCUUGUUGCCUCGCCAGCAUCAAACUCGGCGGCACAUACUAGUGGUUCAAUCUAUCCUCCAUCACUUGAAUCCCGCUCUCCAGUUCCACCAUCAACCACCAACGAGCCUUCCUCCCUAUCUCCUUUCACUGCUUCAGAAUGGAUGAGCGGGACACAGAGGUCACCUGUAACGGACAUUCCCUCUUCCGCAUUUCGCGUGAACGAGAUGGAUUACAGGCCUAUUGAAAAAGGAGGUAGUAUUCGCAGUCCCAACAAUUUGAAUCAGAGCGAAACCCACUCUGCCAUCUCACCUGGUGUUGGACCGCAACCCCAGAUAUCGCAGAUUACCUCAUUAUUGACACCUGCUACACACUCGGAUCAUACACAAGCAUAUACCGCAUUGACUUCUUCCACUUCAAUGGCACUUGCGCCAAGCUCAGGUCAAAUAUCAACACCACCAGCGUCUUUCCCACAAAACCCCAGCCUAACCCCCGCCGUUCAACCCCCACCGCCCGCACAACAACUGUCGAGUACAGGGGUGCCCAAUCUGACACAAAUAUCGAUGGACGUUAACCGCAUAUUGACGGAAUUGGGCAAGUUACGGGUCACACCUGGCGAGCCCGUUGAUGGUGAAGAUGACCCUGCUUUCCGCGAAGGGUUUCCCCCUAUAUAUGGAAUGCAUGAUGCAUCCCUCCAUGAGGCAUCACAUCCCGGUGGUGGCCCUCGUCGAGUUAAGUUUGUUGGGGGAGAUGAAUGCGCAUUGGAUUUCCUUUCUUUCUGGUUGCCUACGUAUGCUAUCCGGUCUUGGGUCCCCGCUUAUCUGAUUCAUAUCGUUUAUCGGGAGUAG